AUGAGGAAUGUAUGCCGUUUCUUCAUUGAGGGAAAGUGUAAGUUUGGUUCAAAGUGUAAGUAUGACCAUGUUCGGUACACCUCUCUGGUGGAUCCACCACAAUGGAUCUAUUCUUCAUAUAGGGGCCUUGAUCUGAUGGAGAUUUCCCCGGAGGAGGUAAGAUUUGCAUUGAUGUGUGGAGAUAUGAAGGAGGUCCUCGACAACUUUUGGAUAGGAAACUACAUGGCUCUGUGUGGAGAGAUGGAUCUUCUUGAGAGCGAUGCCAGGAUUGCGUCGGUAUCCAAUAGACAUGUGGACCCCAGAGAGAAUCCUGAUGUAUUUAUGGCACCGUUUGAUGUAGACAGAGUGUCGGGUACAAUCAGGCAAAUGAGGGCCCAAGGAGCUCGGCCCCUGGAGAAAAGGCAAGGGGACACCCGGCGAGGUGAUGGGGGCUGGGGUAGCACAUCGCUGGGAUCUCCACGGCCGCAUCCGACGGGCGAUGGAGGCUAUAAAGACAAGAGAUAUGGAUGGAGCCGCCAGGAGUCGGGAGCUGGAAGUGCAUGGUUCCAAGGAAACAAGGCUGGUGACAGGGCGGGUCACGGAGGAUACAGGAGCGGAUAUGGUGGAGAACCCAGGGGGUUUCCAAGGGAGCCGUCCUAUCCAAAGGGCAAUGACAGCGAGUAUAGACAGAAGGGGUCUUGGGGAUAUGGAAAGGGAACUAGUAAGAAGUACUCCAAACCCGAGGACGAGUUUGACAUCCAGGAUACGCCUUCCUCGUUUCCGGGUGCUUAUAGCGGCGGGACCCCAAGAGCUGGCGGAGCGUGGACGCACAAUUCUGAAGCGUUGGGUGACAGACAGAAUGCAAGUAGAGGCUCUGGGGAUGAAGAAUUUAUUGAGGAGGACUUUGAAUAUGGAAGGGUUCCUUACAACUAUAGAAAGCCUAGCAAGUGA